AUGACACUCAUAUACAACCAAGAAAGCCCUGUCAAGGACGAACCUCAGCAGAUACCCCAACAAGAUUUCCUCGAGAAAACUUUUAACACGGUCUUUGAACAAAAGGCAAAUGAUGUUGACGUCUCGAUUGAAGCUCAUAGUCUCCCAACUCGAUCUCAUCUGGCAUCAUUUACCUCUAGCUUCAAGAAGCCUUUUGCUAAACAUGAAGUCCUGCGACUCACCACUACUUUUGUCAAGUUUGCGAAGUUUAUGGGACCAGGCGCUAUUAUCAGCGUUGCCUAUAUUGAUCCCGACAACUACCAGACGGCAAUUUCUUCUGGAGCACUACACUACAAGCUGUUGUUCAUGAUACUAGUUUCAAAUGUAAUCGCCAUAUAUCUCCAAGCUAUGUCGAUCAAGCUUGGAUCAGUGACAGGACUUAAUCUCGCUCAGAUGAACCGGGUAUAUUUGCCUCGGUGGUUGAAUAUCAGCUCUUGGAUUAUAGCCGAGGCCUCGAUUGUAUGCACCGAUAUCUCCUCUGUGAUUGGAACUGCUAUUGCUAUCGAUAUUCUCAUUCCUAAGAUCCCGUUGGUGGCUGGUUGUGGGCUAGCAAUCGCAGACACUCUUUCCACCCUUUUGUUCUACAGACCAGAUGGGUCGCUAAGAGGCAUCCGGCUAUUCGAAGUAUUCAUCACUGGGUUUGUGUUGGGCACGUUUAUAUGCUUUUGCAUAGAGCUUUCUAUUAUCGAAAAUGCCACUGCUGCGAAGGUGUUCAAAGGGUUCCUCCCGUCAAAAGACAUCUUCGUCUCGGACGGCCUCUUGCUCUCCUGUGCAAUCCUAGGCGGGACUCUCAUGCCACAUACACUAUAUCUCGGAUCAAGUCUUGUCCAAGUCCGCCUCCGCGACUUCGAUAUCAAGCACUCCAGCUACAGCGAAGCCACGAUGCCCAAAUUCACAACGACAAAGCUGUACCGACCAUCACUCCCAGCCAUCCGAUCCUGCAUGAACUACUCGAUCGCAGAGCUGUGCAUCACUCUCUUCCUCGUUGCAAUAUUCAUCAACUCCGCGAUACUCAUCAUUGCCGUAACUUCCCUCUCAGCAGAGUCAGACGAUGCCGACCUCUACAGCAUGUAUGACUUGUUCGUGCACACUAUUUCGCAAGCAGCUGGAACAAUGUUUGCGCUCGCACUGCUGUUUUCCGGCGUUACGGCAGGGAUUGUAGCAACUAUGGCUGGCCAACUAGUUGCCGAAGGAGCUAUCGACUGGAGACUCCGGCCCUUCUAUCGACGUCUUCUUACGAGGUCCAUUGCGAUUAUACCCGGGAUUAUUGUCGCGGCUGCAUGUGGUCGUGCCGGUAUGGCUGCUGCGUUGAACGGAUGCAAUGUUGUGCUUUCCAUCUCGUUGAUAUUUUUGAUCUUCCCACUUAUUUGGUAUACUAGUUUUGAUAAGUAUAUGAUGGUGGAGAUUGAAGCGGGAGAAAGUAUUGUGACAGUUGAAACUCUGAACUCGACUGAUGCCGAGAGGAUAGAGCAGAGAAGGCAAGCAGUCAGUUUGGCUAAUAGCUGGCCAACUUUGAUCGUAGGCUGGAUUUUGUGGUUUCUCAUUGCUGCGAUGAACGUUGCGACACUUACUUCCUUGGGGUUAGGUAUCGGAGAUGAUUAG